AUGCCCAGCAAGAAAAAGUACAAUGCGCGCUUUGCUCCCGCCAGGAUUAAGAAGAUAAUGCAGUCUGACGAAGAAGUUGGGAAAGUUUCAGCAGCCGUGCCAGUUAUCAUUUCGAAAGCGCUAGAGAUGUUUCUAGAAUCAUUCCUCGAAAACGCCGACAAGCUCACGAAAGAGCGUUGCGCCAAAACUUUAACCCCUCAGCAUCUUAAACAAAUCAUUCAGACAGACAAUAAAUACGAUUUCCUGAAGGAUCUUGUAUCAGCCAUACCCGAUCUGGGUCCAGAGGAGGACGAGGAUGAAGUUAAAGAACCCGCCGUCAGAAAAAGGCGUAAACCAUCAACAGUCCCGGAAAGUAACGGCCAAGCCGCCCAACCCGAAUUACCAUCUUCACAUAGAGGCAGUGCAUUUUCUCAAGUCGUAAGGUCUGUAUCAGUGUCACAGGACGCACCUAGCUCAUCUCAAACUGUAUCAGGGCCUCAAAUAGUGCCUCCCCAGGGUCCUAACGUGCCCGACUUGUUUCCAAACAUGCCCAGUUAA